UCGGUGCGCAGGUCGUGGCCUACAAUGGCCACAGUGCUUUUGGCCCUGCUCGUCUACCUGGGGGCGCUGGUCGACGCCUACCCCAUCAAACCCGAGGCUCCCGGCGAAGACGCCUUCCUGGAGGCGCUGAGCCGCUGCUACGCCUAUCCGCGCCACUACCUCAACCUGGUCACGCGGCCGUAUGGGAAACUAGACCGCCCGGUCGCGCGCCUCUCCAAAACGUUCUUCCCAGACAGCGAGGACCGCCUCGGCAGGUGGCGGUAAAAGCGCCCCGGUCAAGUCACAUACCAUCCUGCCUCCGAGAGCGCGGUCUGGCCCCACCCAGGUCCAUCACUUACGACGUCUCCCAGGCUUGCCUCCCCAGAUCGGAUUCCUUUCCCUUCGCUCCCGCAGGCCGGAGGCGCAGACCUGUGGUGAGGACACCCGAGGCCUCCUGGGAGACCUGCAGACCACGCCCACCUCAUUUGCAUGUUCACUCCCGACCCUGGAAACCCGGAUUCCGCCUCCCGACGGCGGCGUCUGGGCAGGGUUCGGGUACGACAGUCCCGCGUCUCGAUGCCCCCGCCCCCUGAGCUGCAGGGCUGUGUGUGGUCCUUCCCUGUUCCCAAAAUAAAGAGCGAAUUCCAC